AUGAAUAGACUGUUGGACUAUUCAAAGGGCUAUUUGCAGAACUAUUUGCAGAGCUAUUCACAGGGCUAUUCGCAGGGCCGUUUGCAGGGCCGUUCGCAGGACCGUUCGCAGGACCGUUCGCAGGACCGUUCACAGAGUGGUUGGCAGAAUGAUUAUAACUGA